AUGGCUUGGUCUCUCCGUAUGUUUCGCUCCCUGUACAGUCUGCUGUCAAAGGAAGUAAAGCAGUGCGUGGGCACGGACCAGUUUGGGAACAAAUACUACUGUAUCCCGGAGUACAAGAACUGGAGAGGACAAACUAUUCGAGAGAAAAGACUUGUAGAAGCAGCACGGAAAAAAGAAGUAGACUAUGAAGUGGGGGAUUUCCCAACCGAGUGGGACGCUUGGAUUAGAAGAACAAGAAAGAUUCCACCUACUAUGGAGGAAAUCUUAAAGAAUGAAAAAUAUCGAGAAGAAAUCAAAAUUAAAAGCAAAGCUUUUAAUGAAAAAGAAAAACUCCCAAGUAAAGAAGAGUUGGCGCUACUUGCUCAAAUUCAAAUUAAAGGGCAUGCCUCUGCCCCCUACUUCGGCAAAGAGGAACCCUCAAUGGAGCCCACCAGCACCGGUCAAACCUUCCGGCCAGGAUCCUGGAUGCCACAGGAUGGCAAGAGCCUAAAUAAAUGA